AUGCCGUACCAGCAGUUCAUGCACGAUGCCCGCUGCACCGCUGCGCACAGCACUGCGGAUACCGCUACCUUACCUCACAACCUACUUUCCGAGCCUCCUCUCUUCCCGCCGCCGUGUUUCGCGGCUAGCUUUGGGCGGGCGGGACAGGGCUGGAGCGAGUUACAUGAUCUGCCCAGCAUGCGCCUGCUUGCUGCGGCCCAGGUGCGCAAGAGCCAUUUCACGACACCUGCUCUGUUUCCUGAGGGGGCAUCCUCCGUGAGCGAGGACGAGGUUCGCAACACUCCGUACGGAUACAGAAUCCGUCGUCCGUAG